UUACGGCCGCUGCUGAUCACGUGUCCGGAAGUCGCUCCGCUUGUUUUCUCUCCGGAGUCAAAAAGAAGCGGCGGAGUUGUGGAAGUUUCAUCCCGGCAGCGGCGACAGGAAGGCCGGGGGCAGAGGAGGCCGGCGGCGGAGCCACCGGAACCGAACUAUGGGCCUCGUGGCGAGGCUGCGGAAGGAGUGGUUCAUCAUCGGGAUAGUUGUGGUCAUCCUGUCGGCCAAACUGCAGCCGAGCGUCGGUGUCAGGGGAGGCCCUUUGAAGCCAGAGAUCACCAUCGCCUACGUCGCCGUCUCACUCAUCUUCUUCAACAGCGGCCUGUCGCUCAAAACGGAGGAGCUGACGAGCGCGCUGCUCCACGUCCGCCUCCACCUGUUUGUUCAGUCCUUCACGCUGAUCUUCUUCCCGUUCGCCGUGUGGCUGCUGCUCCAGGUGCUGGCGCUGACCGCCAUCGACCCGUGGCUGCUCCGAGGCGUUCUUCUCAUGUUUGACAGCGAGGGGAACAUGGACGAGAUGCUCGGCUUCCUGGAGACGUCAGCUGACAUCUGUCGCGGCAGCAGACUGCACGACAAACUGUCCGACGUCUGUUUGUACCUGGGCAACGUUUACUACAGCAUGAACCAGCAUCUGAAGGCCUGUGAGUUCUUCCUGCAGAGCUGUAAAGAAGCCAGUGAAGCAGGAGACGUGGCUCUGCUGCAGAAAGCUCAGGUGAAGACAAAUCCUUGGAAGGAGAGGCCGUCUUCAGACUCGGACUGGUCUGUCAGAGUUCAGGAGACCACGACGCAGCCAGACAGGAAGAAGCCUCCGUUCGGCGCCAUCAGCAGCGCCGUCCUCCUCAUGAUCAUCUACACCACGUUCUGCGACACCUUCAGCAACCCCAACAUCGAGCUGGACCCCACCAGCCUGCUGCUGGUCGUCAUCAUCAGUCAGUAA